CUGUCAGCUGCGCCGGAAGUUCCUGUCCAGGCCUGGCGGUAACCUUGGGGUCCUCACCGCUUCCACCCGCACGUAGGUGGGCUGUGCGAGUCCGAGCCUCAGCCGGGAUCACUCCUGGUAGCAGCAGGAGACGCACGGGUUUCAGAAGAGGACGUCAAGGGCCGGGGGGUGUAGGAACCGCGGGCGCAGAGCCGCCCAGCAGACAUGUCUCUAGUGGCUGAAGCCUUCGUCUCACAGAUCGCAGGAUUUUCAACAUGAGUAAAGAGAGUUACCAGGAUAAAUAGCUGCAGAGCCUUGGCCUGAAAAUGCUACCUUGUAUCAGCAACUGAAAGGGGAGCAAAUUUUGCUUUCUGACAAUGCAGCUUCUCUUGCUGUGCAGGCCUUUUUGCAAAUGUGUAAUCUGCCUAUCAAAGUGGUUUGUAGGGCAAAUGCAGAAUAUAUGUCUCCGUCGGGUAAAGUACCUUUUAUUCAUGUAGGAAAUCAAGUAGUAUCAGAACUUGGUCCAAUAGUCCAAUUCGUUAAAGCCAAGGGCCAUUCUCUUAGUGAUGGGCUGGAUGAAGUCCAAAAAGCAGAAAUGAAAGCCUACAUGGAAUUAGUCAACAAUAUGCUGUUGACUGCAGAGUUGUAUCUUCAGUGGUGUGAUGAAGCUACAGUAGGGGAGAUUACUCAUGCCAGAUACGGCUCUCCUUACCCUUGGCCUCUGAAUCAUAUUUUGGCUUAUCAGAAACAGUGGGAAGUCAAACGUAAGAUGAAAGCUAUUGGAUGGGGUAACAAGACUCUGGACCAGGUCUUAGAAGAUGUAGACCAGUGCUGUCAGGCGCUUUCUCAAAGACUGGGAACACAACCAUAUUUCUUCAAUAAGCAGCCUACUGAACUAGAUGCACUGGUAUUUGGCCAUUUGUAUACCAUUCUUACCACACAGUUGACCAAUGAUGAACUUUCUGAGAAGGUGAAAAACUAUAGCAACCUCCUUGCUUUCUGUAGAAGAAUUGAACAGCGCUAUUUUGAAGAUCGUGGUAAAGGCAGCUCAUGUAUCAGAUCAUCUUAGAGAUAAUGUCUUAAUUUAGCCAUUAUUUUUAAAAAAAAACUUAACUUGAGCUAUGUUACUUGAAAGUUACAGUAAGUAAUGGUAUUGGAAUUUUAAAACCAAAAACACUGCUGUUUGAAACCUCAGAAUAAAUUAUAUAAUGCAUCCUAUGCAUGUACUUUAUACUGGUAAAAUAAUUCUGGAAUGAUUUCAUUUGAUAUGUUGUACUCGAUAUCUUGAAAUUUUUGUUUUCUUGAAACAUGUAUGCAUAUAAAAAUAAAGCUCAAAGAACUAUA